AUCUCAUCUCGCUACGACUUGUGCAGCAACACACGCGUCUCUUCCUCUUUUUCUUUUUCUCUGAGGUUCUUCUUCUCCUCUUCCUUCUCCCAUCUCUCCUUUUUCCCCUAUUUCUCCUAUUUCUCCUUCUCCAUCUUCGAGAGCAUCACCCAAGCAAAGUGCGGUUGAAACAGGGCACAGCCUGCUUACCCUCGCCGCAAUCCUGAGGCCGCACUCCGGCUGCGCCCUGUCUGCGGUGGCCGAAACCGGCCUCGGCGAAGCUGCAUCUCGGCACCAAUCACAGUCCUCCUUCUGCGCCUUGUACCGAACAGGGCGUCGCGGUCACUCAAUACGUGAGUGAGGGAGUUGUAAGAGGUACUCCACUCUCCAGGACGCGACAGGGUAUGCAUAGGUGGCACUACGUCCAGUAUGCUGUAGUGUACCAACAAGCCAAUCAACCAACCACGAAAGAAAAGAGGAUCAAGAAAAAUGUACCUCCUACCUACCUACCUAUCCUCUCACCGAGCCGAGGCGAGGCCCACGUGGUGGUCUAUGCGAAAAGAUCGUAGAAGACUGACAACAGCAAUGACAGUACCUUAUCUUCCCUACAUGUAUCUCACCUAGAAACGAAGUAAAUAAAAGAAAACGGACAAAUCCCGAGAAAGUCUGUGCAUGCUCACUACAAACGCAAAGAGAGGAGGCUAGAGAUGUAAUCGCGGCGACGCAUAGAAACGGGAAAAAAACAAAAUGCACAACCUGAAUGUUCCAAGAACGGACGAUUUUUGGCCGAAAGGCUACAUGUACCUGACAACUCAUUCACUUCGUUUGUAGCCAGCCAGCCAUUCUCAGUCUACC